AUGUUGAGCGAUCAUUCUGUUCGCCUGAGCUAUCUCAUCACUUGUGCCCUCGUCUCUUUCCUCGUCUACAAGUUCAUAGUCCAUCCAGGUUUUAUCUCUCCACUCGCAAGGAUACCAGCAGCUCACUGGUCAUCUCCUUUCUGCCCGCUAUGGAGUUGGUAUAUCAAGCUUUACGAACUCGAAAACACGACGGUCUGGACUCUGCAUCAGACCAAAGGAUCGAUUGUCCGUAUAGGGCCAACAGAACUUAGUGUUAAUUGCUACGAGGGAGGUAUAAAGACAAUCUAUGGUGCUGGCUUUGAUAAGCCUGACUGGUACUUCAACAGGUUUUCCAACUAUGGCGUCGAUACAAUGUUCACGAUGAAACACAGCAAACCACAUGCCGUUCGAAAGCGCAUGCUAAGCCAUGUGUAUUCCAAGUCUACGGUCCUGGCCUCGCCAAAUUUUCGUAACCAUGCUAAGCAUGUCUUGUUUGAUAGGCUUCUGCCACUUUGGUCGAAACAUGCGGAUGAGAGGGUUCCGCUAGAUGUGUAUCCCCUCAACUUCGCCUCUGCCAUGGACAUGUUCAUGGGAUAUCAAUAUGGCUCGAAGACCGGCAGCAACCUCAUCCAGGACGUCGAGAAGCGCGACUCGUUUUUAGAUAACUUCUUUCGCCCACGUUCGACAAUCUUCUGGACCACUGAGAUACCAAGGAUCAAUUUCUGGAUUGAACGUUUCAGUCUUAAGGGGUUGGACAAUUCUUCGAGCGUUGCAAUCAAGGCUAUCGAAGACUGGAAUUUGGGAUUGCUGGACAGAGCUGAAGAGACCAUUUUGAAUGCAAUACAAGGUGGGAUCGAAGAUGAAGAUCGACCAGUCGUCUACGAAACUCUGCGGCAGAAAAUCAGUGAAUUGUCUCUCCCGCAGGACAAGAGGUCUCGACUCACUGACGACAAACGAAUCGUCGUCGCGAGCGACAUGCUCGAUCACUUAGCUGCUGCCCACGAAACUUCUGGCGACACACUGACCUACCUCUUCUAUGAGCUCUCACAGAACCUCGAGCUACAAUCCAGACUGAGGGCCGAACUAUUAUCUCUCCCAAAUUCACUCACAUUCACAUUCUCAGUCCCCAUAUCGACUGUCAAACCUCCGGAUCCUAAAGCCCUCGAUGCUCUUCCUAUGCUUGACGCUAUCAUCCACGAGACUCUGCGUCGAUGGCCCUCCGUACCGGGUGCCCAACCACGUGUGACGCCAUCUCCAGCUUGCACGCUUGCUGGCUACAAAAAUAUUCCUGCCGGGACGCGCGUGCAGAGCUAUGCCUACUGUCUACACCGCAAUGCAGACGUCUUUCCAGACCCAGAAACGUGGCGACCAGAGCGCUGGCUAAACGCAUCGCCUACGCAACUUGCUGAUAUGAGACGGUGGUUUUGGGCGUUUUCAAGUGGUGGGCGAAUGUGUAUUGGAAGCAACAUUGCUAUGUUCUCUAUGAAACAUAUCGUUGCGGCGUUGUAUACCAAUUUUCGGACCGAGAUCUAUGAGGCUGGGGACAUGACUCAAGGGGAUGGAUUCUUUGGAGGGCCGAGGGGGAAGAAACUGAUGUUGAAGGUUGAGCGGGCUUGA